AUGACUAAGACUCCAAACGCCUUCCUUCAUUAUCGAAAUGAAAGGAUCGAUUCGACUCAAGAACGAACAAUGGUAGAACAUUCUAGAAUAACAGGUCCUAAAUGGAAUGAAUUGGGUGAAAAAUGCAAACGGAAGUACUAUCAUCGUGCUGAAGCAGCUAAAAUUAGAAAAGAAUCCGAAGCCGGAAUGGAACUACCCAUAGAAAGAACGUUUAUUCCUGGGGACGAUUAUUCUUUUAUCAUCGAAACGCCGAAUCUCAAAAAAAGAACCAAAAGUCCUGGUUCAAUGAUAAAGAAUGGUGAAAAAAGUGAAAAGAGAAUAAAGGGACCUCCAAAAUUGCCAAAAUUACAACCUGCUAAAGUUCAACCUAGGGAAACUUUAAAAUUCAUCGACACACAACAAGAUCAAAAUGAUGAUUCAGGUGAUCAUGACCCUGUAAAAAAAUCUUUAAUAGAAGAUGAGAAAUAUGUUCAGUUUAACGAGUUCACUAUGGGAACUGAUUAUCAAAUUGAUGAUUUCAUUAUUAAGGGCGCAUUACCACCGAGCACCAAUAAAUUAGAUCAAUCUUCUUUUAAUAAGAAAUAUGAUGGAAUUUAUUUUCCACCUAUAACUGAUAAAUAUCGUUUACCGCCCGAUUUACGCCUGACUUUUAAUUUUAUAAAUGCGGAUUUAACCGCUUAUAGUAAAUUUUGA